AUGAACACACAGCACUUUGGACCUGCCCCUGCUAAGGGCGCUCUACUGAGGCGACACAAGACCAAGAAGAAGAUUGCUCUCACUCAAGGUCACUUGGUACUAGACUGCCCCGUGCCAAGCAAGCUCAAGACCUUCUUGAGUCGUCGCGGAGACGAAGAGUUCGAGACUAUGAGGUACACCGCCGUCACCUGUGAGCCCGAUGAGUUCUCUUCCUCCAACUACACUCUGCGUCCACAAAUGUAUGACCGUCACACAGAGCUCUUCAUCGUCAUUACGCUUUACAACGAGGACGAGGAGCUGCUUUGUCGAACUCUCCACGGUGUCUUCAAGAACAUUGCCCACCUCUGCUCUAGGACAAAGUCUCGCACAUGGGGCCAGGAGGGGUGGAAGAAGGUCGUCGUCUCGAUCAUCUGCGAUGGGCGAAAGAAGAUUCACCCUCGAGUACUCGACUGCCUUGCCGCCCUGGGAGUUUACCAGGAGGGAGUGGCGAAGAAUGUUGUCAAUGGCAAACGAGUCGAAGCUCACUUGUACGAGUACACCACUCAACUGAGCAUCGACAGCAAUCUUCAAUUCAAGGGCGCUGAGCGAGGUCUAGUACCGGUGCAGGUCCUCCUGUGUAUCAAGGAGCGCAAUGCCAAGAAGAUCAACUCCCACAGGUGGUUCUUCAACGCCUUUGGUGCAAGUCUGCAGCCAAACGUCUGCGUGCUUCUGGAUGCGGGUACACGUCCAGAGGCAAAAUCCAUCUACUACCUGUGGAAGACCUUCGAUCUGCACUCGAAUGUCGGUGGUGCCUGUGGAGAGAUCUGUGCCGAUACGAAGGGCAGGUGGGGCGUGGGCAAGGCGCUCCUCAAUCCCUUGGUGGCAGCGCAAAACUUUGAGUACAAGAUGAGUAACAUCUUGGACAAGCCUACCGAGUCGACUUUUGGAUACAUUAGCGUUCUGCCCGGUGCCUUUUCUAGCUACCGCUAUCGAGCCUUGCAGAAUGAUGAUCUCGGCAGGGGACCGCUGGCGUCUUACUUCAAGGGCGAAGCACUGCUGGGGACCGAUGCCGACGUCUUCUCGUCCAACAUGUACCUCGCCGAGGACAGGAUCCUCUGCUUCGAACUUGCGGCCAAGAGGGGCGAAGCAUGGGUCUUGAAGUACAUCAAGCAAGCUCGCGGUGUGACGGACGUGCCGGACAAUCUGCCUGAGUUCAUCUCGCAACGUCGUCGCUGGCUCAACGGAAGUCUCUUUGCCGCCAUCUACUCCCUCACGCAUACUCGGCAAUUCCUCGAGAGCGGACAUGGACGAUGGAGGAAGAUCGUUCUGAUGAUCGAGGCCUUCUACUCGCUUGUCAACGUCUGCUUUGCCUGGUUUGCAGUAGCCAACUUCUACAUCUUCUUCCGCAUCCUAACGGCCUCUCUGGAAAGCUUCAAUUCUCGCGUCGAGAUUCUCAAUACCUUGGCACAGUACAUUUACCUCGGCACACUUACCGCCUGCUUCGUCUUCUCCUUGGGUAAUCGACCACAAGGAAGUCGCUGGAAGUACAUGACAGCUGCCAUCAUCUUUGCAGUGCUGACGCUGUACAUGAUGAUCGCUGCCGUUGUGUGCAUGGUGCACGCCUUUGCCAACAUCGGUGAUGCAGUGUAUGCGCAGAUGGUUGUGAGUCUCUUCGCAACGUACGGAGUGUACCUCAUCUCUUCCGUCAUCGCCAUGGAUCCGCUGCAUUUGAUCACCUCCUUUGGGCAGUACCUUCUUCUGAGCUCCUCCUUCAUCAACAUCCUUCAAGUCUACGCCUUUGCCAACAUCCACGACUUCUCUUGGGGCACAAAAGGAGACAAUGUCAUCUCCAAUGAUCUGGGUACGGUCACUAGCAAAGGCAAUGACGUCGUCGAGGUCACUCUACCUACCAGUCAAUUGGACAUCGACUCGGGCUACGAUGAGGCACUACACAAUCUACGCACCAGGCCAAUGAUCAUCAAGGGUGAAUCCGGACCAGCAGAGAAGGAGCUAGCGCGAAAGGACUACUAUGCCGGUGUGCGCACAAAUGUCCUCCUCUCCUGGAUUCUCACAAAUGGGCUCCUCGCUGGAAUCAUCUUGGGAGGUGAUAGCAGUGCGACGUUUGAUGCAUCGAGCGGGUCGAGUAGGACAAAGGUGUACAUGGUCCUUGUUCUGGUCUUUGUGGCGGCCAUGGCUUGCAUUAGACUCAUGGGCUCUACGGCCUACACUGUCACUCGCUUGGUGGCAGGAUGAGUCGGUGGCAGGAUAAGUCGUGUGGCUCCUCUUUCUUUCUCUUGUUUUUCGCUUUCUUCUUUUCUCUCCGACAUUUCGCACCUAUGGACGCUUCCUUCUUCUCGUACUAUGUCUCUUUGUCCAUAUAGCGAUGAGGGCUUCUCGACUCUCGCUCACACGCUCUCUAUCGCACUGUACAGCCUUCUCGGAAUGAUAUCAAGUUUGCUUUCCUUUUUGCCGAUGUCGAGCGUGCGUGCGUGCAUCUUCUCGAGGUGUAGCGUCAUUCCUUGUUCCGAACCAAUAAUCAUCGACUUGUGCUUGGCACUGACGCAGCGGUCCAAAAAACUGCAAGCCCUCACUCGCAUCUAUGCCUCCCGUUCCUGACUCUCGGAGAGAUUCCCGUUCCUUUCUUCGGGUUUUAGACGACCGGACGUCUUGU